GAAGCAGGCUCCCCGCUGAGCAGGGAGCCCGAUGCAAUUCGGGGCUCCAUCCCAGGACACUCAGGUGCAUGGCUUGCAUAGGCCCCGCGGAUGUCUCACACACCCACAGGGCUGAACGCUGUUGCCACAGGAGCAAGAAAAACACAACAGGCAGCGGCUGGAACCAGGAAGACACUCUGCAGUGCCCCUCCAGCUCCCUCUACUGACAGAGCUUAACAUUGCACCCACUGGAAAGGACAUGCUCCGAAAUCCUUACCUAGUUCGGGGUUGCGAUUUGGCAAUUUGGCUGCCCUCGGGAAGUCCUGCAGGCGUAUUGUCUAAUACCCCUGGAUGGACCAGGAGGACCCUUGUCACUCACAGUCCUUAAUUUUGUGAUGUCAACCAAAAUGCAAAGUCAACUGGAAGAGCCCCAUGGAACAUCUCAUUGCACCCAUGCUGGGGAAGUUUUGGGACCCUCUUCAAAAUCAGUUACACAAAGGCAAGUUUCUGACCAUAAUUUUGCAUAUUUAAAUAUCACAUACUGGCUCGUCUUACCUUUCUAAUCCGGCCCUUUUCAUGACUAGAAGUUUCUCACGAGCUUCUCCAACUGUAAGUGGAUCAUUGAACAGGUUGCACUAACUGAGAUACCUGCAGGAAAUGGCUUUCUUCCUCUCCACCCCUGCCUUGAGACCUCCCACAGAGCCUCUUCACAUCUCCUGCUCGGACCCCCCAGGAAGGUAUUUACAAAUCGCCCUCAAGCUGUGGAUGGAUGGUCACUUACAGAAUUGCACCUCGAGUCUAAUUAGAGCUAAGUAGUAGACACUGCUAUUUGUUCUCCAAGAUCAUUCCAUCUGUUCCAACAUACAGGAUGGUCACUUUUCCCAGCCUCCUUUGCAGUUGGUGGAGGACACAUGACAAUUUUUUUCUAGAAGAGGAAUGGCAAUGAUAUGUGAUUUCUGGACAGAGGCAAAUAAGUGCAGGAAUGAUGUUUCCACACUUUGUCCCCUGCCAUGUGACUCUGGAGUCUGCACACCUGAGAUGGCAGUGAUGCUUGAUUACGAAGGGCUUCCCAACCCCCACGGAGCCGUAAUAGACCACAUGCUUCCAGGGCAAUCCUGGCUGACACCUGUAGUCUGGCGUAAUUAUUAAUCGCUCUUCUCUACUCUCAAAAAUGCCCUUGUGUGGACGAUAAUGACAAGACCACCUUAAUCACUCAUCAUUAAGCACGCCGAGGUGUCAUAUUGCGGAUGCCCACUAGGUGUCAGCAGUGUAACCCCCGGAAAAUACUAAAGGAGAGCAUUUCAUUACAAAAGUCCUGUCAGAGCAAAUAAUUAAGUGUAGUGCAGGAGCUACCUGCAGCCUUGCCCAUUUAAAACAAGUGCGAGAGCAGGGGGAGGAGAGAAGGAGCAGGUGCACGUAGCACCUUACUGAGACCUGGUGGAGAGGGAAGGAUUCCCUUCCUAGACAGAAGGACUCCAGUGAUAUCUGGAAUGAACACCGUGGUAUCCUUUUUAAUUUUCACUCACAAGAUGAAACCAGUGUGCACUGAAGUGAGGAAACAGCUUUGAAUGAAGACAUGUUUUUCCCCUUCCUAAGCUGUUCUUCAAAUCAUGAUCGGAUGAAGGUCACACAGGUGACUUGGGCUUUAAAGAGUCUACUGAAUGACUGACGCCUUUGAGCCAGAAGCUGAGUUGUCUGAACACAAAUCCUUUAAAGGUGAUUUGAAAACAUCGACACUCAGAAUUCAGUGACACGCUCGGACUCUUCUUGGAAUGACCCACAGACUGUACGUAUAUUACCUCCGACCCAGGUAGCCGCCUCUGCUCUCUAGAAACCCUCCUCCAGGCACAUGUACCGCACACAGCCGCACACGGGGUAGGAGAAACCCACAGCAUGGGUCUUCGGAGGCUUGUGCUUUUCAGUCCUGGGAACUGGUGGCUACUGCUGGUGGCCCUCAAGUGUUCUGAAGCAUCUUCAGAUUUGAAGGAAUCCACAAAUUCCUCUGCCCAGCAGGAAACUAAUGCUCGGUUUGCUGCUGCCAGCUCAGAGGCAGAUGAGAAAAUACCUGUUUUUGCCCUGGAUUAUGACUACGUGCAAAUUCCUUAUGAGGUCACCCUCUGGAUACUUCUGGCAUCCCUUGCAAAAAUAGGCUUCCAUCUUUACCACAGACUGCCGGGCCUCAUGCCGGAAAGCUGCCUCCUCAUCAUCGUUGGGGCUCUGGUGGGCGCCAUUAUCUUUGGCACCGACCAUAAAUCUCCUCCUGUCAUGGAUUCAAGCAUCUACUUCCUGUACCUCCUUCCACCCAUCGUCCUGGAGGGUGGUUACUUCAUGCCCACCCGUCCCUUCUUUGAGAACAUUGGGUCCAUCCUGUGGUGGGCAGGCCUGGGGGCCCUGAUCAAUGCCUUUGGCAUUGGCCUCUCCCUCUACCUCAUCUGCCAGAUCAAAGCCUUCGGCCUCAGUGAUGUCAACCUGCUUCAGAACCUGCUGUUUGGCAGUCUGAUCUCGGCCGUGGACCCCGUGGCCGUGCUGGCUGUGUUCGAGGAGGCGCGUGUGAAUGAACCACUCUACAUGAUGAUCUUCGGGGAGGCCCUUCUCAAUGACGGCAUUAGCGUGGUCUUAUACAAUAUAUUAAUUGCCUUCACAAAGAUGCAUAAAUUUGAAGACAUAGAACCUGUCGACAUUUUGGCUGGAUGUGCCCGAUUCAUUAUUGUGGGGGUUGGGGGAGUAUUUUUCGGCGUCAUUUUUGGGUUCAUUUCUGCGUUUAUCACACGUUUCACUCAGAAUAUCUCUGCGAUCGAACCACUCAUCGUCUUCAUGUUCAGCUAUCUGUCUUACUUAGCUGCGGAGACACUCUACCUCUCUGGCAUCCUGGCAAUCACGGCCUGUGCAGUAACAAUGAAAAAGUAUGUGGAGGAAAAUGUGUCCCAGACAUCCUACACGACCAUCAAGUAUUUCAUGAAGAUGCUGAGCAGCGUCAGUGAGACCUUGAUCUUCAUCUUCAUGGGCGUGUCCACCAUUGGGAAGAACCACGAGUGGAACUGGGCCUUCAUCUGUUUCACCGUGGUCUUCUGCCAGAUCUGGAGAGCCAUUAGUGUAUUUGCUCUCUUCUAUAUCAGUAAUCAGUUUCGGACUUUCCCCUUCUCCAUCAAGGACCAGUGCAUAAUUUUCUACAGUGGUGUCCGAGGAGCUGGAAGUUUUUCACUUGCAUUUUUGCUUCCUCUGUCUCUUUUUCCUAGGAAGAAAAUGUUUGUCACUGCUACUCUAGUAGUUAUAUAUUUUACUGUAUUUAUUCAGGGAGUCACAAUUGGCCCACUGGUCAGGUACCUGGAUGUUAAAAAGACCAAUAAAAAAGAAUCCAUCAAUGAAGAGCUUCAUAUUCGUCUGAUGGAUCACUUGAAAGCUGGAAUUGAAGAUGUGUGUGGGCAAUGGAGCCACUACCAAGUGAGAGACAAGUUUAAGAAGUUUGAUCACAGAUAUUUACGGAAAAUCUUAAUACGAAAGAACCAGCCCAAAUCCAGCAUCGUCUCCUUGUACAAGAAGCUGGAAAUGAAACAAGCUAUCGAGAUGGUAGAAACCGGAAUCCUCAGUUCCACAGCCUUUUCUGUGCCCCAACAGGCCCAGAGGAUACAUGGAACCAAAAGGCUUUCCCCAGAAGACGUGGAGUCCAUGAGGGACAUUCUGACACACAACAUGUACCAAGUUAGACAAAGGACCCUGUCCUACAACAAAUACAACCUCAAACCCCAAACAAGUGAGAAGCAAGCUAAAGAGAUUCUGAUCCGCCGCCAGAAUACCUUAAGGGAGAGCAUGAGGAAAGGCCACAGCCUGCCGUGGGGAAAGCCGGCCGGUACCAAAAAUAUCCGCUACCUCUCCUUUCCCUACGGCCACCCUCAGCCCGCAAGAAGAGACCCGAGGGCUGCUGAUUUCACAGGCAAUGACAGUAGUGAUUCAGAACUCCCAUCCAUUGUGUUCAAAGCACACUCUCGAACAGGGACACUUCAAGAAAGAAGGCUGACACAAGAGAGAAUCCCAAUGAAGAGCUUACCCAGAGGAGGGAUGCCAUGCCAUGUUGGGUAUCCAAGAAACACAAGCCAAGAAGAGCAUGUUGGCCCGGGCAGAAGGGAGGCGUCACGGCCCAGACCACUGUUCCACGCAGUAGAUGAGGAGUUUGAAUCUGGAGAGGAGAGUGAGGAGGAGGCCUCAGCAAGUGGGUCUCAAUGGUCAGCAGAGCCCAGACCCAGCGGGCAACACCACAGGUCCCACAGUCCUUUGCUCCAAAAAAAAUAGUUUCAUCGUCCACACGAUUGUCUCCAUGUACCUCAAGAAUCCAUUUUCCUGUUAUUGUGGAAGAAGGGUUCAGAGUUACGAAGGGAGACGCUGAGUUUAUUUUUCAGAAGCUAUUAAACAUGCGUCUAGUAAAGGAAGGGAGAUUUUUCGGAGAACGACUUGGAACAAAUUUGCAGGUUCUGCUACUUUCUUAGCUGAUGUGCUCUGUAGACAAGUUCCCCGUGAGUGAUAAAUGUUAAUCAUCGUAGGAGUCAUUACAAAAAUUCCUAAGAGUGUGUGAUCCGUGAAAUGUAUUGAGAUACAAGCAUGAUUGGUCAGUAAUUCACCGUGACUAUCUGCAUGUGCAGCUUAUAAUCGAGUUAGAACUGGGAAGGGCCUGGGAAAUCGUCUGGCCCAGGUCUCUGUGUUUACAAAAAAGGACGCCUUGCCCGAGGUCACAUGGUGAGUUGCUGCUUUCACAAGCUGGCUGUCCUCUCUCCCAAGAGAAUGUAUUUGAUUUUCAUUUUGACAUGUGCUAUGUGGUAAUUACGCUUCUGGGGAAAGGUAGAAUUUGCCGUAACAUGGCUAUAUUUAAUCAGUAGCAAUAAUAAAUGGAUGUGAUGUGUACUGGAGAAUUAAUCUGUGAACAAUGGGUUUGUAGUCUAUUUAAUAACUGGAAUAUUUAUUUUAAAAACAAAAUGGCCUAACAGGCUUUAAUAGCAAUGACACGAACAACGGGUAUUUAUUAGAUGUACAAUUGUAGGCUGUGAUACUGUGCCCUAGGGUUUGAAACUAUUUCCCAAUUUAAUUUUCUAUCCUCAUCAUCCCUAGCCUUGACGUUGAACCUCACCAACUUUGCUAAAUGACUUUAUCUUUCCUCCCUCCUUGCCCUCUCUUCCUCUGCUUUCUCUUCUCACUGCUUGUAAAUAAACACAUAUUUAUUAAGUGCCAUUUAUUGUGCCAAAGGGCCGAUCUAUAAUAAAUAAUUAUCUAUACUAUAAUUGCUAUUUUUGACGUCUCUAACCAUCCCCAACUGAUUUAAUUCUAUACGUCUUUAAAGGAUGCUUUCCAAUGCACCAGGCUCCCUAAGACCUGCCUUGAUCCCCUUACUCAGAAGCAAUGAAGUGGGGGCGCCUGGGUGGCGCAGGGGUUAAGCGUCUGCCUUCGGCUCAGGGCAUGAUCCCGGCGUUCUGGGAUCGAGCCCCACAUCAGGCUCCUC